AUGUCAGAGGAGCUGCGACAGCACUAUACAUGGGCACCGGACUUGCCAACGUCGACCCAUGGCGAGCAAAUGACGCAGCUACCAGGUCAAUCCGGCAUGGAGCCAGCACCAUUCUACUCCCUUCCUCCCCCACAGUCUCUCCCAUCCCGAUGUGCUUCCCUCCCGUCACCUAGUGAUCCCAGGACGCAGACCAAGGAGCAUUCUCAAGACUGGCACCUGCCUCUGCAUAUAGCAGUGGAACAAGGGCACGAAUUAAUCAUUCGCGAGCUUCUGCGAGCCUCGGUGGGCAUCAAUGAGAGCGACAGCGCGGGUCGGACUGCAGUUCACAUAGCCGUUCACCAAAAGCAAGAAGGCAUACUAAGAAUCCUGCUGGAACAUGGUCCUGAUGUCAAUGCGGUAGAUAAAAUGGGCUGGACUCCUGUUCAUCACGCGGCUCAAAAUGGCUUUACGUCGGGACUGAAGCUUUUACUUGAACACGGGAGCAAUCUGGCAUUGCGAGCACCAAAAAGAUCCCCGUGA